AUGCCGCUCUCAACCUACCUCGUUCAAGCGUUCAUUGCGGCCUUUGUGGUCCUCUUCGGAGUCCAGAUGCAGACGGCCGCCGCCCAGGCAACGCCGUCCACAUGCGUCACCGUCGACCAGCCGAAUCCCAUCUUCAGUCAGUACCCGAAUAACGCGACGGGUCUCUUGAACGUCACCAUGGCCAUCAUUCCGAUUUCCAUGACGACGGCGCGCCAAAUCAUUCCUCAGCAGUACGGAAUCCUCGAAGGCGCCUUCCGAGCCCUCAUGCCCGACUUCCCCGCCGGAAUGUACCCUGUUAUCGUCCAGGCCGGCCAUGACCACGACAUCCGGUUCCAGGACUUUCAGAUCCCCGACUUCAGUAGAGCUGGCUUCGAGUUCCCUUUCUUGGACCUUCUGGGCGACGGCGCAUCCUCUUUCCGAUGGGCGCCCGAGCAAUUGAUCUCGGCCACCAACGCCGCGGCGAUCACCGGCUCUGAGGCGUACGGAACGAAAGUCCACGCUGCUACCUUUGGUCCAGAAUGCGACGCUUACAGGGCGCUUCCCCAAGGCGGCGGCACCUACUUCAACGGCUCGGCCGGCGACAAGUACGUCUCGCUCGAGAUGAAGAGGUCGUGCGAGGGACAGGCCUCCCCGUACUCGCUUGGCAUGUUCGACAGCAUCAUCAACCAGCCGAUCUUCGCCAACGGCUCGGCCUGUGACCAGCAAAUCCGCUUCUUCAACACCACCGUGACGAAGGGUGCCUUCGAGCCGGUCGCCGUGCGUGGAACGGUCAAGACUAGCAUAGGACCAUUCGGGACCGAGGCAUCCUUUACCGACGUGGCGGGCUUCCAGGCGGCCACAGCCUUUAUUGAAAACAACUACCUUCCAUGCGAAAUGUUUAGAGGCUACGUCCCCGUCAAGACGACAUGA